AUGGCUGGAAUUGUUGUGGUUUUCGACUUCGACAAGACCAUCAUCGACUGUGAUAGUGAUAAUUGGGUUGUUGACGAAUUGGGCUUCAACGAUUUGUUCAAUCAGCUCCAUCCCACCAUGCCGUGGAACACUCUCAUGGAUAGGAUGAUGAUGGAGCUUCAUUUGCAUGGAAAAACCAAUGAGGAGAUUGAGCAAGUUCUGCAGAGGAUUCCUAUACAUCCCAGAGUAAUCCCUUCCAUUAAAGGUGCCCAUGCUUUAGGGUGUGAUUUGAGGAUUGUAAGCGAUGCAAACACGUUCUUCAUCGAGACAAUUUUGAAGCACUUAGGAAUAAGGGAAUGUUUCUCAGAGAUUAACACUAACCCAGGUUAUUUUAAUGAAGAGGGAAGGCUAAGAAUUUUGUCAUACCAUGACUCCAAAAAGUCUCCCCAUGGCUGCUGCCUCUGCCCUCCGAAUAUGUGCAAGGGUCUAAUCAUAGAUAAAAUCCAAGACUCAAUACUAUGUUCAGGAGAAAAGAAGAGGUUCAUCUAUCUUGGGGAUGGUAGUGCGGACUACUGCCCGAGCUUGAGGCUCAAAGACCUUGACUUUGUUAUGCCAAGAAAGGACUUUCCGGUGUGGGACUUAAUAUGCAAAGACCCUUUGCAUAUUAAAGCUGAAAUUCAUGAAUGGAGCGACGGAGAAGAGCUAGAACGAACUUUGCUGCACCUAAUCAACAAAAUUUCUUUGGAAGAAAGUGCUCAGUUUAUUUCAGCCGAUUGCAAGCUUCAAACUAUAUCUGCCUCUGCUCAUGAAGCUUUUCCUCAAGCUCUACCAGUUCGGCAAAGAUAA